AUGAGUGAAACAACAAGAAGAAAUAGUUUUGAAGCGCCUUCGAAAACAAAAAAAACUACCAUGGAAUUAAAUAAUCAUGAUUCAAAUGAAAAUUUAGAAAAUAAACGCACAGCAUGGUCCGGAAAAUUGCAAUUUUUUAUGAGUAUUAUCAGCUACAGCGUUGGGCUUGGAAAUAUUUGGAGGUUUCCGUACCUUUGUCAUCAAAAUGGUGGUGGAGCCUUUCUGGUCUCAUAUUUCAUAAUGUUGAUUCUCGAAGGCAUUCCCAUAUUUUUAAUUGAGCUGGGAAUUGGACAGCGCUUGCGACAAGGAGCGUUUGGCGUGUGGAAUACAAUUCACCCCUGUCUUGGCGGGAUCGGCAUUUCUUCUUGCAUCGUUACAUUUUUCGUUGCACUGUACUAUAAUAUAAUCAUAGCUUGGUGUUUUUUUUAUUUCUUCAGUUCGUUACGCAGCACUCUGGCGUGGACGGAUUGUCCAAAAAAUACCACGACCGAUGAUUACGUUGAAGAAUAUUCGAAAAGUUCGUCGACUGCUUACUAUUGGUACAGAGUAACUUUAGACGCUUCGCCUUCUAUUGAGCAAGUUCUCACAGUUUUCUUCAUUCGAGGAAUCACUUUGAAAGGAGCUAUCAUUGGUUUGCAACAUAUGUUCACACCACAGAUUGGAAAAUUAUUAGACCCGCGAAUGUGGUUGGAUGCGGCAGUCCAAGUUUUCUUCAGUUUCGGUUCUGCCUUUGGUUCACUGAUCGCAUUCGGAAGUUACAACCCUGUGGAUAAUAAUUGCGUACGAGAUGUUAUCUUGGUCAGUAUCUGCAAUGGGUUUACUGCUAUUUAUGCAAGUAUUGUAGUAUUUACAAUUUUGGGAUUCAAAGCUGUGUCAAACGUGGAAAAAUGUCUUCAAAGCAAUCGGAUUCUUCUCCAACUACAUGGGCUACUAAAUGAUGUCAAUGAUCCCGAAGAAAAAUAUCAAAAUGCUGUUGAUUUCUACAGCCAUUCUCUUGUUCCAAUGAAUUUCACUCUAGAAAAAUGUAGCGUCUCUGAACAAUUGAAUCAAGCGGCCGAAGGAACAGGAUUGGCUUUCAUAGUCUUUACUCAAGCGAUUGUAGAAUUGCCAAGCGCACCAUUUUGGUCUUGUAUAUUCUUCCUUAUGCUUCUGACUCUGGGGUUAGGAACGCAGAUCGGUUUAUUGGAAGGAAUGCUCUGCGUAGUCUUCGAAAUGAACUUUUUUAAAAAAAUUAAAAAGCCAUACCUAACCGGAAUUAUUUGUACAAUCUGUUUUUUUAUUGGCCUCAUAUUCUGCACAGGAGCUGGAGAGUAUUGGUUGGAGUUUUUUGACAAUUUCGCUAGCACAAUUGGCUUGGUACUUAUUGCCUUGAUGGAAGUAAUAGCCGUUGCCUAUGUAUAUGGCUAUGAAAAAUUUUCAAAGGAUAUUGAAUUUAUGACCGGAUAUAAGCCAGGAUUUUAUUGGAAAAUUACAUGGAGGUUUCUUGCACCGAUAUUUAUAACUGUGGUUUUAAUUUCUAGUAUUGUUUCAAUGUUAAUUAUAAAACCGAAAUAUUCAACUUGGGAUCCUUCUUUAGGCAAAAAAAUAACAACAGAGUACCCAAACUGGGUACUAAUAAUCGGUAUCUGUAUGAUAUUUGUUGGAAUCGCCCCAAUCCCUAUUGUUUUUCUACUGAAUAAAUACAAGUGUUUUGGGAUUAAUAUGAAUACACAUCAGAAAAAUAUUUACUGGGUCAAUACAACUGAAUCAAGGAAAGAACCAGUGCCCGAUAGAAAUCGUGCGUCGUUGGAAAACUUUCCUGAAGAUAAUAAAGAUAACGAUAAUCAAGAUAUAAACCACAUAUGUAAUAAUUUACAUAAAAAUAUCACGCCGAAAGAAAUUCAAGUUAAGUCGUUCAAGAUGGAUGUACUUGACUAUUGA